AUGAAAUUGGGCUAUGGAACAUGUUUACUUUACAUUCCUGGCUGGGCAUUAUCACUAUCUGUUCAUUUGUGGCUGCUUGGUUUGUUUACAUCUUUGUUCCCGGGAGCAGAGAAGACAGCCAAGGCAACAUUGAUGCCGUGGCACAUAUAUGCUGGAAUGGUCAUCUUUGUCUUAGCAGUAUGCUCAACUGAGAUGGGUUUGGCUCAAGCAUUCAUCUUCUUAGGCUUAGGGCGUAGCCAAGAAGCUCUUAUCGUUAACUUCACCGGUCUCUUUAUCUUCCUCUUCGCGGCUUCUGUUGGCCUUACCGUCUUUCUUCCUAGAGGCGAUUAG